ACUUUGCCUCAGCCUCACAUUACUCUCUCUUCCCACAGCUACACACAGAGAGAAGAAGAAAUGGGAUCUAUAUCGGCAGCUUCGGGAACCACCGUCUUACCCUACCAUCUCCGUCGUCAAAACAACCGGCGAUCAGGUCUCUACGACCAUCGCCAUGAGAAUCUACCCGUGGUUUCGUCUUCACAAACGAAACAGCAGAGAUGGCUCCACGUCCCGGAGACGAAGCUGAAACGAGAGACUCUGAGGCUCGGUUUCUUGGCAAGAGCUGCUGACUCCACGAGCUCCUCUCCUCCCGUGGUGGCUUCCGGUGAUAAAACUUUGAUCCCUGAUGAUGAAUUCACCCUAGCCAAGAUUUCAUUUGGUGUUAUUGGGCUAGGUCUCGGGGUCUCGCUCCUCUCUUACGGUUUCGGGGCAUACUUUAACAUCCUUCCUGGAUCUGAGUGGUCUGCUAUUAUGCUUACUUAUGGAUUUCCUCUUGCUAUUAUCGGUAUGGCACUCAAGUACGCAGAACUCAAACCAGUUCCUUGCUUGAGUUAUGCAGAUGCGGUGAAGCUUAGGGAGAGCUCUGCUACUCCUAUUUUAACCCAGGUGAGAAAUGAUGUGACGAGAUACCGUUAUGGAGAUGAACAACAUUUGGAAGAAGCACUGAAACGGAUCUUUCAGUAUGGACUGGGCGGAGGAAUCCCAAGACGUAGUGCACCUAUCUUAACCAUGAUAAAGGAAGAGGUCCUCACCGAUGGUCGUUACUGCCUGGUCCUUGUAUUUGAGGCCAAAGCUCUCAAGUUGUCAGAUUUCGAACAAAGACAGGCGAAAUUCACUUCGUUCUUUGGACCAAACAUCACUGCAGAAGUUGGUAAAGGAGAAAGUGAGAAUCUGUAUGAAGUAAGACUGAUUUCUAACGUCUCUGCAUCUUCUGCGACCCCUUGAAUAUGAACAAAGCAUAUACGAUCACUUGGCUCUUGUAUACCAACUUUGUAUAAUCAUCAUAUGUAUAAAAAGUUCAGAUAUCUCUUUUUUGGCUACGUGUGUAUUAUAUGUCAAUCUUUAUGAUUAGUUCA